AUGCUGUUGAAAGAAAUAAAAAGUGGAUAUGAACAAUCAUCAAAAAAAACGAAACACAAUCCUAAUCAAGGUAUUGUCGAAACAUUGAGUACUUUACGUGAACGUUCUCUACGUUACAUUGAUGAAUCAGCUUACAAAAAUUAUGAUCGUUUAUUACCUUUAAAUGGUAAUCAACCAACAUUAAAUAAACAUCGAGUUCAAGAUAAUGAUUUACCACAUAUAUUUGAAGCUUUAAAAACUGUUACUAUGAUUACUCACCUUGAUCUUCGAUACAAUCGUAUUUCAGAUGAAGGUGCUAUUCU